GCACGGUCUGGUCAGCUUCAUUCGUCCGUCAGUACGGGACAUGAGGUCUGUUUAUCUCCCCUGUCUGCAUGAGGGAUGGCUCCUGGCUCCAUCAGUGAAAGGUAUAAAGAUGCGGGUAGGUCACACCAAGAAUGUCGAGCUCUAUCAGUCUUGAAGUCGUCCAAGAAUCACACAGGCACUAACACAGCACACACCGGCUAAAAACCAUGGCAACACGCAUUGUUACUUUCGUGACAGGAGGUAAUGGUGGGAUUGGGUAUGAGGCUGUCAAAGCGCUGAUGCAGUCCAGCAAGCCCUACCACAUUUUCAUGGGCAGCCGUUCGUUGGACAAUGCAAAGUCAGCCAUUGAAACUCUCAAGAAAGAAUAUCCAAAAGCUACCAACAUUGUUGAACCUGUUCAACUCGACCUGACCAACGACGAAUCGAUCCAGAAAGCAUAUGAGCAUGUUCAAGCGGAUCACGGCCGUCUCGAUGUGCUCGUCAACAACGCAGGGGCAUCCUUCGAUAUCGAGUUCGUCAAAGGGAAUGUUUCUCUCCGUGAUAGCUUCAACAAGGCCUACGACGUGAACGUUGCAGGUACGAAUGUCAUGACCUGGACAUUCGUGCCGCUUCUGCUCAAGUCCGCGGAUCCCAGGCUGUUGUUCGUCACUGGUUUAUCCGGCAUCAACAGGGCCAGUCAGGCGUACUGGCCCACGCCACCUCAGCCCGCAGGAUGGCCGAAGGAGAUAUCUUUCGAGACGAUUGGGUAUCGCUGUACCAAAUGUGCUCUCAACAUGCUUAUGCUCGAUUAUAACCACAAGCUGAAAGCGGACGGGGUGAAAGUCUGGGCUGUUGCACCUGGCAUGCUGGCUACGAACCUUGGUGGCUUGGGCCCAGUGGAAGCUGCGAAAUUCGGAGCCAAACCCGCAAGUCUUGGUGGAGAAUUCAUCAAGGAUGUCGUUGAGGGUGUGAGGGAUGCGGAUGUUGGCAAGGCUGUUCAGAAAGACGGCUUCAUGGAUUGGUAAGAGGAUGGCCAAGAGUGACAUGGCCACCCAUACAGUGAAGCGAGGGUUCC